AUUUCCAUUUAUCCCCUCUCUCUCUCUCUCUCACACACACACUGUGUGUACAGCCUACUGUAAUCUCUCUCUCUCUAAAAAACACACACUUUGGUUAUAUAAUAAAAGCUGCAAAAGCCUUAUAAUCAUGACACUACACAUUGUUAACUCUCCCCUUUCUGCUGUUCAAAUUUCACAUCUUCUCCUUCAUUAAUAAUAAAAAGUGUCCAACACUUUACAAUCAUUCUGUUCCACUUUUUUGUUAUAUAUAUUUUCUUUAACUUACAUAGAAUAACAUUUUCAUAAGUCUUGUUUUGAGUUUGAGUUGUUUGUGUGCAAUGGGUACAUGGUGGUUUGUGGUGGUGGCUGUAGUGGUGGUUGUAAUGGGUGGUGGAAGUGGUUUUCCGGUGGAGGAUCUGGUGGUUAGAUUGCCUGGACAACCAGUUGUUGGGUUCAAACAGUAUGCUGGUUAUGUUGAUGUGGAUUUGAAGGCUGGAAGAAGUUUGUUUUAUUAUUUUGUUGAGGCUGAUAAUGAUGCUGAUCAUAAACCAUUAUCUCUCUGGCUCAAUGGAGGCCCAGGUUGCUCAUCAAUGGGUGGGGGAGCCUUCACAGAGUUGGGCCCAUUUUUCCCAUUGGGUAAUGGCAGGGGCCUGAGAAGAAAUUCAAAAUCAUGGAACAAAGCGUCCAAUCUUUUGUUCGUCGAGUCUCCAGCUGGCGUAGGGUGGUCAUACUCGAACACAACUUCAGAUUACACCACCGGGGAUGCCAACACGGCAAGGGAUAUGCAUACCUUCUUGAUAAAUUGGUACAAGAAGUUUCCAUCUUUCAAAUCACGCGAUUUGUAUCUUACAGGCGAAAGUUAUGCCGGACAUUACAUUCCACAACUUGCUAUUGCACUUUUGGACCACAAUGAACAACAUUCCACUGGCUUCAAGUUCAACAUCAAAGGAGUUGCUAUCGGUAACCCGCUCCUUAAACUUGACCGCGAUGUGCCAGCUGUAUACGAAUAUUACUGGUCCCAUGGGAUGAUAUCGGACGAAAUUGGCCUUACGCUCAUGAACGAUUGCCGUUUUGAAGAUUAUACAUUUGCAUCACCUCAUAAUGAAUCCGAUGCAUGUAACGAUGCCAUUUCGCAAGCAAAUAAUAUCAUCGGCGAAUAUAUUAAUAACUAUGAUGUGAUCCUUGAUGUAUGCUACCCGUCUAUUGUAGAACAAGAGCUUCGUUUGAAGAAAACGGCUACCAAGAUUAGCUUUGGAAUAGAUGUAUGCAUGAGCUAUGAAAGACGGUUUUAUUUUAAUCUUCCUGAAGUUCAACGGGCGUUACAUGCUAACCGAACAAAGUUGUCAUAUCCAUGGAGCAUGUGUAGUGGAAUUUUAAAUUACAAUGACAACGACGGAAACAUCAACAUUCUACCGUUGCUUAAACGGAUCAUCAAAAACCGGAUUCCAGUUUGGAUUUUCAGCGGCGACCAAGAUUCUGUAGUCCCGUUGCUUGGAUCACGAACGCUUGUUCGCGAAUUGGCACACGAUUUGCAGUUUAAGGUUACUGUUCCAUAUGGAGCUUGGUUUCAUCAGGGCCAGGUUGGAGGUUGGGUGACUGAAUAUGGGAACCUGUUGACUUUCGCAACGGUCAGAGGGGCGGCUCAUAUGGUGCCAUAUGCUCAGCCGUCUCGCGCUCUACAUCUGUUUAGUUCAUUUGUUCGCGGUUCAAGACUCCCUAACAACACCCGUCCCUCUAUUGAGGAUUAAUGUUGUUUUUGGUUAUAGAUCGAACUUGACAAUAUUUCAAUUUCUAGUUUUCUUCACGUGGCCGAAGGCGAAAUUUAAAAAAAAAUGGUGAGAUAGGUUUUCUCAAUCUUUGUAAUAACGAAAAUGGAUUAAGAAUGUUUAUCAUAGGCCAUUUAAAGCGAAAUUUGGGUGAAACCGAGGCUUGUUAAAUAAACUCGAGUCUAGUUGAUUACACCCGUGGUCUAACUCUAAGCCAAAUACACUUUGAUAUAGAAUGUAUUGUUUUAUAUCUUUAAAGUAUGUUUAUUUUGGUA